AUGAUUUCGACAAUAUGGCUUGGGGGGGCUCUCUGCUGCCUGACGCUGCUCCCAGGGCUGAUGGAGGCCAAAUCGUUACUGAAUUCCAUCAAGCAGGAAGAGAUGGUUCCUGUCAGUCAUGUUAACAUCGCCUCAGAGACAGCAAACAACUUCCUGACUCACUCCAGACCCAAACGCAACGCGGACCCGAGGUGGCACCGAGCAAACCCCGACUUCCAGGCUUAUUACAGAUACUACAGCAGCAUCGGACACACUGAGGGGCUCUAUGAGAUCGACAAACUGCGGAUGCUCUACCAGCAAAUGAGAUCUCUGGAGCAGACCUACGGCCCUAAUGCUUCCUAUUUCCAGAACAAACUGGGGCUGCCGACGGCCAUGUGCGACCCAGCUACAGACAAGAAGUGCAAACCUAUUCCUCCUCCACCUCCAAUGAAAGGGGUCCCUAAGCCCACCGAACCCCUAGCGACCCUUCCUCCCCCCCCCCCUGUUCCAUCUAUCUCCCAGGCCGAUGUGCUCUACCUGUGCAACAGCAAGGACCCGCUCUGCAAGCCCCACAUCGUCUACCUGCCCACUGGCGCCAUCCCAGUGCUCUGCGACCCCCGCUACCACCCGCACUGCACCCCUCAGAAGGCUGCACCCGCCCCUGUGGCAGUGCCCCAACUUCCUCCAUCGAAGAAGUAUUCCCCACCUCCGCCUCCACCGGUCCUUGUCAAGAAGUCUGCCCCUGCCCCCGCCCCUGUCCGCACCUUUAAGGGCAUGGAGUAUGACUGUGACCCCUACUGGGACCCCGACUGUCUGAUUGAUCACCCACCCAGGCCUAUGAAAGGGAAGGUUAUGGUCCCACCACCACCACCACUACCACCUGUGGAGGAGAAGGAGGAACCAGCACCUCCUGCACCCAUCGAGAAGAAGUUUAAAUUCUUCCCUCACCCUUACUACCCUAUGCCCUACGACCCCAGGGAUGAGCUGUACGACCCAGUCCGCUUCAAGUACCCCGAGCCUGCGGAUCCUGCGGAUCCUGCUGAUGAGGCUGCGGAGGCCAGCCAGUAAAACAUCUGGGAGGUGUCGGAGGAAACACAAGACUUUUCAUUGAAAACAUUUAAGUUUCACAAUAUCCACAUUUUGGGGGUUUUCUCUUGUAGCUUCCCUGCGACGGCACCGUCACAGAAAAAGCAAAAGCCUUGAUAAGUUGCAAAGUUGGUUUGAACCUCACUAAAGUGAAACUUUGACAUA